AUGACCUGCCACAGCCAUGGAAACCAGCGCCCGGCGGGUGGCGCAAGACGCACCAUCUCGCGCUUUGGCGAGGUCGUGGUAAACAACAAACGAGUUAUCAAGGCCAUCCUCGACCCCGCCGUCGAUGACGGUCCUCUCGCUGCCUCCGCGUUGAUUCUGGACGGGGAUGAGGAGGCAACGUUGAUAGGCACGCCCGCGGACGAGAUCUAUGACGCGCUGAUGCUGAAGAAGCUGCGCGGGCUGUACGGAUCCUGUAUGGACGAGGGCCGCCUGGACGAGGUCGGCGCCGCGCCGCUGUUGAAAAUUACCGACACCGUUCGGAAGCUGUUCGAUGGGUCCACCAUGAUCGUCGAUGCGAUCUCCGGAGGGGAAUGCGGCCUCGGCAAAGAGCAGAACGGGAACCUGACCGCUGCCAUCGCGUUCUUGCACUCGAGGGGCAUCCCGGUGCUCUUCGAUAUGAUCGCGGGAGAAGACGCCGGCAACGACCCUGAUGCGAUGACGCUUUGGUUCACGCAAUCUGACUUCGGCCUGCCGUCCAAGGAAUACUUCCAGGAAGAUAGCAUCGUCGCUCUCUACCAGAGCGCUAUUGAACGCCUGCUCGAAUAUCUUUAUGAAAACGCGCCCUCCGCCUCCGCGUUCAUCCCUCCGCCGCAGGGCAGCGUGGUCGUCAAUGACGAAGCCGGCCGAAACCCAUCAACUUCACCCAACUCACCGCUCAUCGCCUUCGAAAAGCGGCUCGCGGCCGCGUCUCUUCCGCUCGACAAACUCUACCUAGAUCCAUUCGGGACGUACAACCCGACUCCGAUCGCGAACCUGACCCACGCGCUACCGCAGGUCGCGUGGGGCAAGUACUUUGCGAGCAUGACGCCGCGCGCUUACCUUGGGCUUGUGAUCGUGACCUACCCUGCGUACCCUGCAAAGGUGGCUGCGAUAUUGGCCGAAACGAAGGGCGAGGUCGUCGCGGCUUAUUUCGUGGCGCGCGCUGCGCGGGCACUCUCGCCGCACCUCGGGCACGGGACCGUUCCGUGGAAGGUAACGCGAGAGCUCGCCGAGGUACUGCAAGGCAUCAAGAAGGGCGCGGUGGCGGACAGGUCAGAAUGGUGCAUCUCCAAGGUCGAGUCCGCGCUUGGCUUCGCGCUCGGGAGGUAUUUCGUGAACGAGACGUUCACGGGUGACUUGCGCGAGAAGGUGACCAAGGUUGUCACGCACAUUGUCGGCGCGUUCAAGAAGAAGCUCAAAGAUAUCGAGUGUAUGGACGAAGAGAGCGUCAAUGCCGCGGCCGAGAAAGUAGGCUGGCUCUGCGACGGUAACUUCACGUUGGCGGAGAAUAUCGCGGACAGCGGACUCAUCCAGUCGUACCGAGCAUGGAAGGCCCAGCAUGCCGACUCGCUGCAAAACGGGAACGACCACCUACUACCUGGCCUGGCCUUUACGAGGGAGCAGCUGUUUUUUAUCUCGUUUGCGCAGGCAUGGACGCAAAACAUCAAACCCGCCGCAGCUGUUGCAGAUGUCCGGGGCAAUCCACACUCGCCCAAACGCUACCGCGUCGACGGCACCGUGUUCAACAUACCCGAGUUCGCGGAGGCGUUCAAUUGCUCUGCUACAGCUAAAGUGCGCACCCCCGUGUAUGCAUACUUCGGAUGA